GAGAGAGAAGAUGCUAAACCAGGUUACAACCAUGUUUGCAAUUAGAGUUCGAUAUCGAAAGAUUGAGCGGAAACCCUAGAAAAAGAAAGAAAGAAAGAAAUAGAAUGCGAAAUUAGAGAUUGAAAAAACUGGGAAGAAUGGCGAAGCAUUCAAUGGCAAUGCCGAAGCAGAGGUGGACGCUAAUGUUACUGACAUUCUUGUCUGUCUCAACAUUGAUGGUGCUGUUCAUGAGACCCAGCAAUUCUGAUUCCUGCAACACUAAGCAUUUUGGAGCACAACACGAUCAGAUACUCUCCUCCGUUCCAAGUUCCAGUCCCCUAGAUUUAAUGAAGUCUAAGCUUGUUCUUAUGGUUUCGCACGAGCUCACUCUUUCAGGCGGACCUUUGCUGCUAAUGGAGUUAGCGUUUCUGUUAAGGAGCGUUGGUUCUGAUGUUGUUUGGAUCACCAAUCAGAAACCUGCAGAACCUGACAACGUGAUUUAUAGUUUGGAAAGUAAAAUGUUGGACAGAGGAGUCCAGGUCCUGCCUGCCAAAGGUGAAAAGGCUAUAGAUACAGCUCUUAAAGCUGAUCUAGUCAUUCUUAAUACUGCUGUAGCUGGAAAGUGGCUGGAUGCCGUUCUCAAGGAAAAAGUUUCCCAUGUUCUUCCAAAGGUUUUGUGGUGGAUUCAUGAAAUGCGAGGGCAUUAUUUCAAAGUGGAAUAUGUUAAGCACCUCCCUUUUGUUGCAGGUGCCAUGAUUGAUUCACAUACAACUGCAGAGUACUGGAAGAAUAGGACUAGGGAGCGUUUAGGGAUUAAAAUGCCUGAGACUUAUGUUGUACAUCUAGGAAAUAGCAAGGAACUUAUGGAAGUUGCUGAAGAUAGUGUAGCAAAGAGGGUUCUUCGUGAACAUGUUCGGGAAUCUCUUGGAGUGAGAAAUGAUGAUCUACUUUUUGCCAUCAUAAAUAGUGUUUCACGUGGUAAAGGGCAGGAUCUAUUUCUUCGCUCCUUUUAUGAAAGCCUGCAACUUAUUCAGGAGAAGAAACUCCAGUUGCCAUCUUUGCAUGCUGUUGUAGUAGGGAGUGAUAUGAAUGGUCAGACAAAGUUUGAAAUGGAACUGCGCAAGUUUGUUAUGGAGAAAAAAAUCCAGGACCGCGUUCAUUUUGUUAAUAAAACCCUGGCAGUGGCUCCCUACCUGGCUUCUAUUGAUGUUCUUGUUCAGAAUUCUCAGGCACGGGGAGAAUGUUUUGGAAGGAUAACCAUUGAAGCAAUGGCAUUUCGCCUGCCUGUACUGGGCACUGCUGCUGGGGGCACCACGGAGAUUGUGGUAAAUGGGACAACCGGUUUGCUGCAUCCUGUUGGGAAAGAAGGUGUGACACCUCUUGCAAAUAACAUUGUGAAAUUGGCUACUCAUGUUGAGAAGAGGCUGACUAUGGGAAAGAAAGGGUAUGAGAGAGUGAAGGAGAGGUUUCUGGAGCACCAUAUGGCACAUAGAAUUGCAUUGGUUCUGAAGGAAGUUUUACGGAAGGCUAGGCAGAAUUAAAUUAACCAGCUUAGGUACCUUACUGUUAAUUUGUAAAUUGAUUCCACAGUUAAAAAAAAAAAGGGUUC